AUGGGCACAGUGCCCCGAACAGGCCGCGGCUGCACAGACAUCCCCAUUUCAAACGCAGGGCCGCCCGUGGCCAUGACCCGCCUGCCCUCUGCCCCUCCCCCACUGCAGAGUGUCUUGGGCCCCUACAUUCUAGGCCUGUUUACAUUCAAACUUGCCCUGGCUGAGUGGGAUCCUGAGCAGUUGGUGGAGGAGGCUGCUCUCUGGUCCUGGACUCGGUUCCCCAGGUGGAACGGCCAAGCGGCUGCGGUCGGAUCUCAGCCUGUGGUGAUGACUUCAGGAGGAGCGUUUCCAGUGCCGGGCCCGCAGGGGACCGUCAACCUUGGCAGCUUCGCGUCAUCUUUCACAGUGCUGCCGUCAGCCCCUCCCGUCCUCGGCCCGCCACACUGGGCCCCCUGGCAGCAGCACCCACCGAACCUCCUGGGCCCAGUGUUGCCCCCAGGAAGCACCCUGGUGCUGCCGGCUUUCCCCAGCACGCCGUUGUUCCUGGCGGCCUCGGGAGGGAAGACCAUCCUGCCCGCCCCUCCUGCCUGGAGCACCCAGGCUAGCGAUGGACGCUGGUCCCUGCACCGUCCACCUCGAGCUGCAGUGCCAGCUGCCCAGCUGGCCUCUGGCGAGCUCCCAGCGAUGGCCAGGCCUCGUCCACCUGGGGCUGCUAGGAACAGCGGCCCGGCCUGCUCGCAGCCCACCGCCUCACCCGGGAACGCCUGCCACCGCACCAGCGUGAACAAAAAGUUCCGGCACUGGCAGCACUGCAAGCCCCUGGCCCGCAGGCACCUGCCCCAGACUCCCGAUGCAGAGGCACUGUCCUGCUUCCUCAUCCCAGUGCUUCGGACCCUGGCCCGCCAGAACCCCACCAUGACCCGGGAGGAGGUCCUGCAGCGGGGCAUGCAGGAGUGGCAUUGUCUAAGCAAGUCAGAGCGCAGCAUCUACUAUGUGAUGGCGGGAAGGUUCAUGGAGUUCGAGGCCGAGGAGGCGAGACACUUUCAGAACGCACAGUGGAUGAAGGCGGCACAGGGCGUACCUCCUCCAGCACCCCUCAGGCCUGUUGCUCGGGUGCCCUCAACCCCAGAGCGGGGCCAGAAGCGAGCUGGCCAUGACCCCCCACGGGAAUGUCCCCGAGCUCGGUACUCCCUGAGCACGCUCAGGGCUGGGGAGGUGCGGCCGGGCCACCCACACUCCUUCCCUGCACCCUCCUCAGCACGCAUCCGCGAGAAGGCCGGCGCCAUGGCCCAGCUCGCCACCGCCCAGCCACCGCGAUGCCGGCGGAGCCCGCACACCGAGGCGCCGAUGGAGAUCCCCCUCGAGGCCGUGACAGAGUUCCUGGAGAUCAUGGAAGGGCUGCUGGGGCCCGGCGGCCCAGCUCAGGGGCUGCCCGGCGGAGAACGUGGGGAAGAUAGCUCCAAGCCGCCACAGGGAGAGGGGGGCCUCUAUCCAGACCCGGGUCUCCUGACCUACAUCAAUGAGCUUUGUGCCCAGGAAGACUUUCUCAACAAGGUGGACGCAGUGCUGCACCCACGCUUCCUGGCGGAGUUGCCCUGCCCGGAAGCCCAGCUGGAUCUCUUGGCCCUCGCUGAGGAGCUGCAGCAGGAGGAAGGACUGUCCUUGGCACAGCUGGAGCAGAAGCGACUCCUGGAACUGAAGCAGGAGGAGGGUGUGCGGGGCCCCCCGAGUCACGGCACACCCCGAGCGGACUCAAGGCCUUCUGGCCCUGUGGCCAGCCAGGAUCCCCAGAGGCACAGCCACGGCCCCCAGGUAGGGGCCAGCGACCAAGCCUUCCCACCAGAGGCUGGUUGCGGGCAGCGCCAGGCGCACAGCCGAGGAGAUGCUGGUGUGUCCGGGCCCAAAGCCUUCGCUGCCUCUCCAGGACGCCAGGAGCCCCCUCCCAUGAAGCCUGGCUGGCGGCCCCCUGCCCCCCAGGCUUGGUGCCACACUUCCCCCAGCCUGGGGCCCAGACUCGCCACUGCUCCGGGAGAGACCUGUCCUGCUCGGGAGCCCCUGGGGCCCACGGGCAGGCCCAGUGAGAGCGAGGAGGAGCUCCCCAGCCUGGCCUUCCUCCUGGCCUCUCAGCACACGCUGCCAUCCUGGGGACUGCCCCAGAGUCCUACUCCGGGCUCAGACCUCCUCCGCCGUGGAGUACCCCAGGCCCGCUCUCCCCACAAGCCGGGCCUCAGCCCCGCUGGCCCUCCAGCUGGCAAGGCCAGCAGUCGGGCCCCGCGUGCAGGCCCAGCCCCUGCUGGGAAGACACCCCUGCCAGGGGCCAUCCUCAGGGUCGCUGGGGCUCCAGCGUUGGCUCUGGGGCUGGGCCGCCCCUCCCAGCCCCAGAAGAGAAGGGGGGACCCUUUCAUCACAGGGAAGGGUAGGAAGCGGCCCUGCAGCCAGGAGGGAGGAGCCGGCCCUCCAGGGCAGCUUCGGGCUCCUCCACAUCCCAGUCCUGAUCCUGGCUGCUAUGGCUCCCGAGAGCCCACCACCCCCAUAAAUCCCCCGCCCCACCCCUGCUCUCCUGGAGGCCGCUUUUGGGAGUCCCCAGGACACAGCGUCAUCACAGGACCCCAGUCGUCUAAGGAUGGCCGCUGCUUUGGCCCUGUGCCCUCUGCAGCACCAGCCCACUUUCUGGACAGAGCCUGCAGACAGCAGUUGUCCAGAGGGGGGCCCUCCCUUUCUCGCUGA